AUGAGCGACCGAGCGGUUUCAGCAGUAGAGGAGGAGGUCGAUUACGAGGGUCUCGGAGGCAAUGUCCCACUGCAUAUCAACAUGAUUGCGGGCUCGUUGGCAGGUAUCAGUGAGCACGCCGUCAUGUUCCCAGUCGAUGUCAUCCGUACCCGAAUGCAGGUACUCUCCGCCACACCGGCUGCCACUUACACUGGUGUUGUUCAGGCAUUCAACCGAAUCAGCACUUUGGAAGGCGCACGAACGCUUUGGCGUGGUGUUGCCAGUGUUAUCAUGGGCGCAGGUCCUGCGCAUGCAGUCUACUUUGGAACCUACGAGACAGUCAAGGAGGCAACGGGCGGGAAUCGCGAGGGGCACCAGUUCGCAAGCACAGCCUUUGCAGGAGCAUCAGCUACCAUCGCCGCCGACGCCUUCAUGAACCCUUUCGAUGUAAUCAAGCAGCGCAUGCAGAUGCACGGCUCGCAACACCGCACCGUCAUGCAAUGCGCCUCCACCGUCUACAAGCAGGAAGGUCUACGGGCAUUCUACGUCUCAUAUCCCACCACACUCACCAUGACUGUCCCCUUCACCGCCGUUCAGUUCUCAGUGUACGAAUGGGCCAAGAAAGUUCUCAACCCAUCCGAGACAUACUCUCCAAUGACCCACGUCUCUGCAGGUGCCUUCUCCGGUGCCGUAGCCGCUGCCGUCACCAACCCCCUCGACGUAGCAAAGACAUUGCUACAGACACGAGGCAGCAGUACCGAUCCACAGAUUCGCAACGCAUCCGGCAUGCUUGAGGCAUUCAAGAUCAUCAACGCUCGCGAAGGACUCAAAGGUUUCGCACGUGGUCUCUCACCGCGCGUGCUUACAUUCAUGCCUUCCAACGCUCUCUGCUGGUUGUCGUACGAAGGUUUCCGAUUCUUCCUCAACGAGCAGAGCAAGGCUUCCGUCUAA